AAACUUGGCGUGCUUUCCCGAAUUUCAGAUAUCGUUGCGCCACAGAUUUGUAGGGUUAAAAUCGCGGCUGCUAAGACAGUUUUUUUUCCUGCAACAGGAAAAGUAAAUACGACGAAAUAUUAACGAGAAGAGCUGCAAGUUUUCGCAAAGGACUCGUCGCUUUAUUUUGCAAUGUUAUGUAAACAAACAUUGCGAUUGAACUUCGGAUUGAACAUGAAAAUAUAGUUUCCCUAAAUACUUAUGUUAAACAUUUAACGAACCAUCAAAAGAUGCUUAGGGUUAUCAAGACUUAUCCGAAAAUGCUGAGAACGAUUUCAAAACCUAGGAAAAAUUUUUUAGUUACACCUAUGAUGGUUUCUCCAGAUUUUGUUCACAGAAGUUUUUCAGAUUCUAGUAAAAAGAUAAGAGGUAAGACCCCAACUGGAAAACUAGAUAAAGAAGUUGUAGCUGAAGAGGACACUGAAGAAAGUACUAUUGACCCUUACGCUCCUUUUCCUGAAAACAAAAAUCCUGCCACUGGAGAAGUAGGAGGUCCCAGAGGCCCAGAACCUACUCGAUAUGGAGACUGGGAAAGAAAAGGAAGAGUUACUGAUUUUUAGAUACCUAUUAAAAAUGUAAUUUAAAUAUUUUCAAUUUAUUUAGUUGAUCCAGAUAUGAAAAAAAAUGUAUAACUUGUAAAUAUGUAUCUUGCUAUUUAAAAUAAAUGUUUCCAUUUUAGUGCUGAAUUUUAUCUUGCAUUAAUGUACAGAUUGAAAAUAAUUUUGUUGUGUUACAAAAAUAAUGUCCUUGAUUUUUAUGUUGUGUAAAAUGCUCUUACUAAUCUGGUACUAUAUCAAAAUAAAAUUGUGCCACAUCUCUAAAAGUGAUAGCAAGGAAUUGUCAUAUAAAAGGAAAUGCAUACUAUGUCUAUUCUCCUCUCAGAACUUGGGUUUCAAAUUUCUAGGAGGGUUAGGAUGCGCUUAGAUGGUUGAAUCAUAUAGCAAAGUUGAAUUGCAAACGUUUUGCAUACAACUUAGAUGGUUUUGCAUGCAAGUUGGUUUUCUUAUUAUUCAUGGACUUUUCAUAAUCUAGCUGUCACAUUUAGUCAGUAGUUGGUUUGACAUUAUAUUAAUGUCAUCGAUUGCUAUCCCUGUUAUGUCUUGCUUACUUGAAGAAUCUGGUUGCACACCCAGCAUUUUGGGGAGACCAAUACAUAUCUGUAAUCUUUUAAGAAACACAGGCUUCCAUUUCAUAUGUGAAAGAUAUGAGGAGUGUAUCACAGCUUGUUGAUAACGGCUUAAGCACUUAUUUCCCAACAUUCAUAUUCCAGUUACUCUAAGAAGAUUAAAGAGCAAAUCAUAGUAACAAUCCAGUAGUUAAAGAGGAGUUACAUUUAAACAUACGUUUAUGGUUUGCAUGAGAAAAUCUUGGCCCAAAUGAUUUUACAACACAGACCCCGCCAAGUCUAAAAUCAAUUAUUUUUUUACAGUGGAUGGACUACAUGUAGUCUACCAUGUUACUUUUGUUGGUGUUCAUUUAAUAAUAAAUUGUAUAUUCUCUUAAGUGGUGUUCUCUCUUGUAUUUUCUGUAAAUUUAUAAAAUUUUUAUUGUAUAUUUGUAAGAUUUUUAUCAGCCACAUGAUAGCAUUUCUAUGUGAUACUGCAUCAUCUGUUUCCCUGAAUGUAGAGUAAAAACUUGUAAACUUUGUGUUGAAACACCCUUUAUACUUAAAUUAUGUUGAAUGUCUUUAACAUAUGGUUUAUGAGAGAAUUGAGGUAACUGUUCUUUCCAAGCUUGAGUAAAAUUCGGGUUUUAAAUUCUU